AUGGCGACAGACCAAACGAUGCCGCGGAUUGCAAUCUUCAAUAUGGAGAUUGUCGGCACUGUCAACCCGGUGCUCCCUGUGAUUGCCGAGCUAGCGAAGCGGGGCUGCGACGUUCGUUACUAUUUGACGAAGGACACUUAUGUCGCGGACGUCAAAAGUGCUGGCGCUUCGCCAGUCAAAUUUGACGAAUACUUUCUCCGCUGGGAUGCGCUGAUGGAGGAGGAGGCCGUCUGGUUUCAGGCACAAGGCUGCGGGGAGGGCUUGGCAGCGUUGACGGCGGACGGAAUGGAAAAGGAAUUCCUCGCCUUCCGGUGGUUGCACUUCGCAUUGCCCACAGGCGUUGUCCUGGGCAAGCGUCUAGCCGAUCUGUGGAGCAAAGAGGGAAGCUGGCGCCCAGACUUGGUGCUGUAUAACGUGAUGCUGCUGCAUCCCUAUCUUGCUGCUCUCAAAAUCGGGGUUCCCGGCGUGUCCUUCUCCACGUAUCCGGGUCCUGGAACCCCGAUGCACCUCUACGAGAUCCCGGAAGCAGAGCGGCAGGCUGUCGACGACAACUUGGCGAAGCAUCCAGGCAUGCAGGAGGCCAACCAAGUGGCCCUGCGACUCUUCGGUGUGGAUGUGUGUGCAUCGCAGCUGCAAUGCCGCUUUUACAGUCGCCAGCUGAACAUCAUGUUCUCUGUUCCGCAGCUCCAGGGUGAGGUGCCGAAGUAUCAGCAGGCCUUGCUGGAUGACUCGACAUUUCUUUGGGUUGGUGCCGUCGACGACUUGAAAGCCUCUGCGAAGCGUGCGUCCGCGCCCAACGAGGACCCAUGCUCACCAGCGACCAAAGCUUCGUGGCAUACUCCUCCUGGUGUCAAGGUGGUCGUCGUCUCUUUGGGCAGCCUGACCGUAGACAUGCGCUGGGACAGCGCCGAGCAUGUGUCCUCGCUGGGGAGGUUUACAGGACGUGAGGUGAGCCAUCGCCUCUGGAGCGAACUGAUCGAGACCUUCAAAGACAGGUCGGAUGUCCGCGUGGUGAUGAGCAUCGGGCCACGUGCAGAUGCUCGGAGCAUGCUUGGGGAGUUGCCGUCGAACUUCGUUGUCGAAAAGUACAUCGACCAAGUUCAAGCUUUGAGGCAUGCAGACGUUUUCGUCACGCAUGGGGGCUGCAACAGCAUCAAAGAGGCCGCCGUGCUGGGAGUUCCCAUGGUCGUGGUGCCUUUCUGUGUGGACCAGCCCUCGAACGGAUUUGCCAUCGAGAGGGCCGGAGCUGGCAAAUGUUUUCCGGAUCCUUUGGCCACACCGCGAGGAGCUAUCGCAGACGCGGUGAUGGCAGCGUUGGGGAGCGAGGCGGAGGAGCAGCGCCGGUGCUGCCGCUUACUCGGCGAGGCCCUGCGGAAGGCGGGCGGCGCCCCGGCCGCUGCCAAGGCAUGCUUGAACCUUCUUCGUCCAGCGUCAGUCGGCGGCGCUUAG